AUUAAAUAUGGCAUACAACAUUGGCACGAUUCAAAGGCAAUUAAGUGGCUUAAUAGAAGAAUUUAAACGUACACGCAAUACUUGGAAUGAAAUUAAUUCACAUGCUUUCCCAACUGCCAACAAACUUUCCAAUUCAAUUAUUCAAUCAAGGUUUAAAAUGCUCAAUGUUAUUUUCCUCUCGGAUUGAAUCAUCUUAUAUAUAAGAUUAGAUAUGCUGAUGAAAGCGAAUAUUGGCAUCCUUUGCUAACACUUGAAUUUCGAAAUAUUAUUCAACAAUAUGAAUAUAAAAUGCAGACUAUUAUAACAAAGCAACAUGAUCAACUUGCAGAUCUUGUGCAAAAAAUGGAAAAGCAACAUAGUAAAAUGCAGAGUCAGUUUAAGGACUUAUGCAGUAUAUGUCUUCAAGUAAAGAAAGUGCACGGAGACGAAUUCUUGAAGACAAAAUCAGUGUAUAAAACAUGUCCAUUAGAUACAUACCGCAAAAGAAUGAAAGAAAUAAUAGAGAUGUAUUUAAAAGAACUUGAAACGAAAAAGAGGCUCGUUUCAGAUCAAGGAUUUGCGAGUAUACAGAGCAAAGAUGAAGCAAUGGUACUGUUGUCCAUAUGGAUCAAUCAACCAAAUAUAGUCACGUCUAUAAUUGAAGAAUGGGAUGAUCUUUGUACAGUAGAAAUGGAUACAGGAAAUAGAACAAAAAGAUACUAGAUUGCAUUGAAUUUUAGCAUAUUUGAACAAAUAAAAUUACACAUGUACCAUCC